UGCUCAACAUUUUUCUGAUUUAUUAGUAAUUUGGAAGGAGAGAAGAAGGCAGAGGGGGAAAAAUGGCGGCAACUAGCGAACAGUACAUGAAUUGGCUUCUCUCCGGUUUCGAUCAGAUCUACGAGGAUUUCAAGAGUGGCAUCGCCGAAAUUCAGCAGCUGAAGUCAAAUCUGAAUGCAGAAAUGAAGAGGAGAGAAGCUCUUGAAAUAACUUCCAACAGUCUCAGACAAGAUAAUGAGCGACUCAGAGAACUUUACACCGAAUCGUUAAACAAUUUGGCCGAGCAGCUUGAGCGUCGUACCAAAUGUCAGAGCUUCAAAGAAGAGUUGAAGAGAGUAAAUGAUGAACAUAUUAGUAAACAAGAGGGGCACAGAAAGGCAAUUGAACGGCUCAAGCAAGAUUAUGAAGCUAAGGUUGGAGAACUAGAGGCUAACGUGAGAGGCCUUCUACUUGAAAAAGCAACAAAUGAAGCGACCAUAAUUCAUCUUCGUCAAGAUUUAGGAGCACAUGAAACCCAACUGCAAGCCUUGGCAAAGAGUUUGGAUGAAGUACAUUUGGAUGUGGAAUCAAAAUAUUGUGCAGAAAUCCAGGAUUUGAGAGAUUGCCUAAUGGUCGAACAGGAAGAGAAACAGGAGUUGAUUAGGAGACUCCACGAUUUGGAAAAAGAAUUGUUAAUCAGCAGAACAAAACUUGUAGAGCAGCAACGAGAUUCAGCUUCAAAUCGGCAAGUUGAAACACUCAAGUCAAAGAUUAUGAAACUAAGAAAGGAGAAUGAGAUCCUUAAAAGGAAGCUUUCUUGCUCUGAAGAUGGCUAGAGAUGCAGCGUCUCAAACUCUAAUCUUCCUGACCCUAACCACGCUAUUGUGCAUUGCUCUGUUAGUACAGUCACUUAAUUCAAGACUCCUGUUGGAGUUAACAGCUAACACCAUUCAGUUGGUACUUGGUUGGGAGACUUGAAAAAAGCAUGUUACAUUUUGUAGGGACUAGGGAGUAAUAUAAUUCAGCUAUAAUG